CCCGGCGACGAGAUUCGGGCUGAGUUCAGUGCGAGACCAUCAUCCUCUCGAGGCACUUUCUCCGCGUCGGACGAGCUCACCUCGUGGUCCCGUCGCGUCGCUUCAGGAGACGACAGAAGAGCUCAUCUCGUGCGGAGUGGAGGAACACGUGCGAGAGUUCAGCGCUUGGCCCACGGGAGAAGACGAGAAGAGGGUGUCCUGCGUACCAAGAAGAUCACGAUGGCGUUCAGCUGGGAUAAACGCGUCUUUUUCAUAGUGAAGUACCUGUACGAUAUUGACAACAAUGGAGAACUGGACAAGCACGACUUCGAAUGCAUGGCGUUGAGAAUGACGGUGAUUGAAGGCAAAGGCGAAUUCAAUAGCAAUCGAUAUCAGGAAAACCUGCACAUCAUGCUGUCCUUAUGGGAGGAAAUAGCCGAUCUGGCGGAUUUCGAUAAGAACGGCAUUGUAACGAUAGAUGAGUUCAAGGACGCGGUGCAAAAGACUUGCGUCGGUCGUUCCUAUAACGAUUUCCCUCAGGCUAUGAAGAUGUUUAUCGAUUCUCACUUCAAGAUACUUGACAUAAAUGAGGACGGAGUGAUUGGUGUCGACGAGUUUCGAUAUAACUGCGUCCUGAGGAUGGCCGUGGAUAACAUAGACGCCCUGGAUAAAGCUUUUCAGAGUCUCCUGAACGACGACGACAGGAAACGCGGCGGAUUGACUUUGGCGCGUUAUCAGGAAUUGUACGCGCAGUUCAUCGGCGAUCCCAACGAGAAAUGUCAGGCGAUCUAUCUUUUCGGACCGAUGAGCUAGGAACCGUCUAAUUCGAGUACCCGUCGUUCGCGAAGCGAUAUAUAAAUCCUCACACCUUGUACAAAAGACAUAUACAUAUAUCUAUGCAUAAUGUAUUUAAUUUAACGUCCGUAUUAAAUCUUGUAAAGAAAACUAUUGUAAUAAAUCGGAUAUUUUAUCGUAA